AUGGCAGACGACGGCAUGCUCCUCAAUUUCGCCCUCCCGAGCACGAUCAUCGCGCCCGAGGCCAAGAUCAAAGGCGGGACAUGGCGCGACAGACUAAGCGUGAAGAAGAUUGCUGAGCACCGGAAGAAUAAUCCCAAGAAGGAUGGAGAGGAGAAGACUGGGACUGGAGGUGAUGGACCGCGGAAUCCGAAUCGCAUCGAGGUUCCGGGGGAUCGGCCGGCGAAGAGGCAGAGAGUUGAUGGUGGUGGGAAAGGAGAAGGAUUUCAAGGACGACAACAAGGACAGGGUCGGGGUCCAAAGAGACUCGGUAACGGACAAGUAGUCUCAUCGCUCUUCUCCAAGAACCCGCGCCCGCGAAACGCAGUCGAAGACACCGACAAAAAGGGAGAAGAAAUCGAAGAUGCGAAACCCACAAACGCCCCGCUAAUCGACGGACUUGAUACAUUUACGAAUCUCGGAUUAUCCGCGACGCUCGGCGCACAUCUGCUCACGAAACUCGAACUCAAGGCGCCCACCGCGAUCCAAAAGGCGUCCAUCUCGCAGCUCCUGAAAGAGGAAUCCGAUGCGUUUAUCCAGGCUGAGACGGGUUCCGGAAAGACACUUGCGUACCUGCUUCCGCUCGUGCAGCGGAUUAUGGAUCUUUCCAAGGCGAAGAAGGAGGGGGAUGAGAGGGGGGAAUUGAAUGUUCAUCGGGACAGUGGAUUGUUUGCGAUUAUACUUGCGCCGACGAGAGAAUUGUGUAAGCAGAUUUCUGUUGUGCUUGAGGGGCUACUGCGCUGCGCGCAUUGGAUCGUCGCGGGAACGGUGAUUGGAGGAGAGAAGAAGAAAUCAGAGAAAGCGCGGCUGCGGAAAGGGCUGAAUAUCCUCGUCGCAACGCCCGGACGGUUAGCGGAUCAUCUGGAAAACACACAGGCGCUCGACGUGAGCAACGUGCGGUGGCUCGUCCUCGACGAAGGAGAUAGGUUGAUGGAGCUGGGGUUCGAGCAGGAGCUUCAGGGAAUCAUCAGCAAGCUCGAUGCGCGCCAGCGACCAAGUCGGAUUCCCGGUGUUCCGACGAAACGCGCGACGAUUCUGUGCUCGGCUACGCUGAAGAUGAACGUACAGAAGCUUGGCGAGAUCAGUUUGAAGGAUGCGGUUCAUAUCAAGGCCGAUCCAGAGGAUGAGGGUGGGGAGAAAAAGGAUGGUGACGAUGAAGAUGCGGCGUUUAGAGUGCCCGCGCAGCUUAAGCAGUCUUAUGCUAUUGUUGCGUCGAAGCUGAGACUCGUCACGCUUACGGCCUACAUGAAGCGAACGUUUAUGCGAAAGGGCUCCGUCAUGAAAGCGAUUAUAUUCGUCUCGUGCGCGGACUCGGUCAACUUCCACUUUGAAGUCUUUACGCGAAAACUCCAAGCACAAGUGGGCGCUGAAGAGAAACAAGACUCCUCCUCCAGCGACGAAGACACAAAUAAAAAAGAAAAAGAAGAAGAAAAACCAACCCCGGCCUCAAUCGCCGGAACAAUCGCCCCCGCAACCGCCUUCUCCAACCCCUCCAACGCCGUAACAAUGUUCAAGCUGCACGGCUCUCUCCCGCAACACGUCCGCACAUCAACCCUCCAAUCCUUCGCAAAGAACCGCGACCCCUCCGUCCUAAUCUGCACAGACGUCGCCUCGCGCGGCCUCGACUUGCCAAACGUCGACCUCGUCGUCGAAUACGACCCGGCCUUUAGCGCAGACGAGCACCUCCACCGAAUCGGACGUACCGCACGUCUCGGCCGCGACGGCCGCGCACACAUCUUCCUCCUUCCGGGAUGUGAAGAGAACUACGUCGAGAUCCUAAAGCGCGGAUACCGUGAUGGCGGGAAGGCGUUGACACGAACAACGGCAGACGAGAUGCUGAAGCGAGGAUUCGGUGGGAAUGUAGAGUCCCAGAAUCGAGACUGGGACGACAAGGCGUCGGACUGGCAGCUGGAGCUCGAGCGGUGGACGCUCGAGAACCCAGAGUAUCUCGAGAUGGCGCGGCGCGCGUACCAGUCGCAUAUCCGGGCGUAUGCGACGCAUGUCGCGAAUGAGCGGCAUAUCUUUAAUAUCAAGGAACUGCACCUAGGUCAUUUGGCGAAGAGCUUUGCGCUCCGCGACCGGCCGGGCAAGAUCAAUGUCCCCGGUCUGCGGCCCGGAAAGGAAGAGUCGAAGAGGGACUUCAAGGCGGAGCGGAAAUCAGUCGGUGGUGGGAAGAAGAGGAAGGCCGGUGCUGGUUAUGGUGGUCGCGACGACGACGACGAUGUCCCCUCUGCGACGACAGACACGACCCUCGCGGCGCAGAAGAUGCGGGCGAAGAUGAGGGAGCAAAUGGCUGGCGCGAGCGAGUUCAAUUUGGCGUAG